AUGUCGGCCACCCAGCGAAAUGAGCCAACUGACCCCAACACAAAGGCCCAUACCGCCUCGCUGAACCGCAACGGAUCCAACGGCGCACACCUCAACGGUCUGCACCCGCAUCACACCGCACAGCAGCCCUCGCCCCGCCCCUCGCUGCAGCCGCACGCCGCCCACCAGCAGCCAUCCCCUCGCGAUGCCAUCGCACGUAUCAAGUCCGAAUCCCUAAACGGCUCACAAAAGCUCAUGAUGGGCGUCCCGCCCGCGAGCACGCCAGACCAUCACCAAGCUUCUGCUACGUCCGUCAAUGGAGACGCCAGAUCCAGCGGCCGCGAUGCGCUCCAUCCGCCGAUACCGUCGGUCUCAGCAGUCGACGUCAAGGGAAAGGCGAGAGAGGUGGAUCCCGUCGAUGACAUCCCAAUAGCCCAGCUCGAGCAGGAGCUUCCUCUGGAAGAUGCAGACCUGGUGCCUCUGGCGGCGCUGGUGGAGCGGCUGGCAAACUACGGCUAUGAGACCCUCCAAAACCUGGCCGAGACGUUGCCGUCGCUCCCAUCGUCGUCGCGGAGGGCCAAGAUCUUUUCGACGGCCUUGGACGUGCGUAAGCAGUUUCUCAAGCUGCUCGUGCUCGUCCGCUGGUCAAAGGACAUUGCCGACCUUCAAAAGGCCCGCAACAUCAUCUCGCUGCUGUCCGAGCAGCAGUGGCAGCACGAGGAUGUGUUUGCCGGCCUCACCGAUGUGCGAAAGAUCCUGCCCAACGCUCGGAUGAGAAACGCCGACCUGCCCACCGCCAUCGACGUUCUGCGGACCGGCAGCUACCGUCGGCUCCCUUCGAGCCUCAAGGAUAUGGUGGUGCCUCCGAGGCCGUUCAGCGACGCCGAGGCCAUCGAGAUUGUCGCCCAGCUAGAGGAUGCGCUACGGCUGCGCAUGGCCUGUCGCGAGAUCAUCCCGGCCCCCAUGUCCCGCUACCGGAUUCUGGAUGGUAAGGUCCACUUCCGAGUGCCCGGACUCUACGAGACGCAGCUCACCGCCAGCGGCAGCGGGGCGCCACCACCCGGCUCAGCAGCUGCUGAGGCGGCAGCCGCGGCUGACCGGUGGUGGCUGCUGGAUCUCAAGUUCGACAUCCGUAUCACGGGACCCAACGCCGAUGCGGCCAUCAAGCUCUUCCCACGGAAGCCGCGCAAGGUCUACCGGGAGAGGCUGCGGAUAUGGGGUGACCACGAGCUAGAGCCAAGGUCCGCUCAACAGGAGCAGGACCAAGGCACCGCCGGCGACGAGGAGAAUCCAUCCAAGGGUGGCGCGGGCAACGCGGAAGGUGUGCAGGCAAAGGGCGAAGAUGCGAUGGACGUCGACCAGGACCCGGCCGCGCAGGUCGACGCAGACGGAGACGGCGACGGCGACCAGCGGCAAGUCAGCUCCAGCCAGGGAAGGGACGCUCCCUUGGUCCGGCUGCACGCCUUCCUGCAAGAACGUUCGCUGCACUACCAGAUGGACAUCCUGCAGUACCAGGCGAGGGAGCUGAUGCGUCUCAACUGGGGCUCCAGCCUGCGCGUCGAGACGUCGGAGCGGCCGCGCGCGCUGACGCUGCGCUACUGGGUCAAUGCGCAGACGACACGAUCCUCGAAGCAAGGCUCGGCGGCGUCCGAGGCGGCCAAGGGCGGCUCUCUGCGCAUCGCCAUCGCCGACCUGACCGGUAGCGUGGGCAAGAAGCGCAUCGUCGCCGACCUGCUCGACAGCGAGGCCGACGUCGACGGCGAGGACGAAGCCAGCAUGGUGGCUGGCGAAGGCGGCGAUCGCCAGGUGUCCGUUUCCGCCCCUGGAGGAGAGGGCCAGACGCCGUUCCUGGUCAAGCGGCGGCACCUGCAGGUGACCUGGGAAGUCGACGCGGCGAUCAAGGCCGAGGCGGGCAGCGUCGAUCUGGAGAUCUCUUCACAAGCCCUCGACCUCGAACGACUGCUCACCGAGCUCGUCCAGAGGCACGCUUCGGCGCUCCUGCGCGUCCUGCAGAAGCAGAUCCUGGCCGGCCAACAUGCAGUGUCGAAGGGACUGCGGUCUCAAGACUGCCGUCUCUGCUCGGCGGCAGUGCGCAGGAAGGACGUGGCGACCGGCGUCCGACGCCCUCCACGGUCGGAGUACCUCCGGAUCGACCUGCUCGGCAGCAGCAGAGAGAGACAGCCGGUCGGCAUGGCCAGAUCGAGCGGGAUGCCUCCAUUGCGCCUCAAGAUCGAGGCAAUCUCGGGCAGGCUGCAGCUCGAGGCCGAUACAGAGGCGCUGGCGUUGGAAGGCGACGCCAACAAGGAGGGCGACCGGCAACGACAGGUGGCGCUGCUCACCGCUUUUAGCGCCGGAGCCCUCGCCGCCCGGCAGAGCUCGGCUCGACUCAACGACGCCUCUGAUCGCAUCAAUGCCUCGAUCGAUGCCCUGCUCGACUCGCUGCACCGCCUCGAGAUCUUUGCGCGAGUCGAGCAGUGGGAGCGGCAGGCGUCAUACAUCGGCCUGCGGAGCACGCGCCGACUCAGCUUCAGGCAGAGCGAGUACACCAAGUUUGGUCCCUCGCUCGCGACGUGCGGCCCGCCUGCCCUCUACAUCCCGCUCGGGAGCCGCCUCCCCGGCUUCUACCUGGCACUUCAGCCCUCUGAGACGACCGGCGUCAACGUUGCGCUCCUCUCGACGAUGCAGAUGGUCGAAGGGCCUGGCACCAUUGUCACUGCCUUGCAGUCGAUCGAGUGGCUGGAUCGGCAAAGGCUCGCGGCAGCGUCCGACUCGAGGCCUGUCCCGGAUGGUGCGGCUCUCGGCAAACGAAAACGAGGCGGCCCAACCGACUGGGCGGCCGGCGGCAACGUCGUUCUCGCUGACGCAGAGACCGGCAAGGGCGAGCUGACGCUCGAAGAGUUGGCCAACAUGCACUCGUACAGCGUCGCCCUCAUUUGCUAUGCUAGCCUCGAGCAGCAGCUGCGGGCCCGGUCCAUCGCUUACGUUCACGUGGGCGACUUCACGUCGAGGCCCAGACCACCCAAGGCUGCAAGGGUGCAGCGGGCGGGUGGCGCAAAAUCGGAAAACAGCGGACCAGGGGUCGGCGUCAGCGGCGACGAUGGCCAGGCCGGUGGCGAGAGCUGGCACGAGGACGACUCGGACGCGGUGGUUGCCAGCAUGGUGCCGACCCUCUGCCUGCCCGCGGCCGGCCUGUUCGGGCCGGCCAAAGCCCACCUGGUGAAGCGGAACGUGUCGAUGCAGAUAUGCCAGUGGUGGGACAAGGACAAGGUCCGGGUCGAGAUCAGCGUCAAGCUGCGCAUGCGCUCGAGAAGGUUCAAGAGCUUCAGAAGGGACGUCGAGCCGUCGGUUGCGGGCAUGCUGCAGCCGGGCGGCAUCGGUCAAGUGCCCAGCUCGCGGGCCUAUCUCGAGUUCGACGGACGUACCUCGAUCCUGACGUUCUCGACGCCGGACUUGCACAACUGCGUCGCGGCCUUUCUUACGGAAUGGCAGCGCAUCUCGCCGGCCAUCCAGCUGGCAAGAGAGGUGCUCAACGUCGGCCGAGGCGAGGCUAGGACCCACGGGCAGGAUCCGACGUCAAAGGCGCCGCAGACUGCGCUGGAGCUCAUGGACUUCGACUUUAGCGCGGUGACGUUCGCCUAUGGAUGGGCGAAGCGGAACGGCACCGACGCGAACAUGGACAAGAGCGAGACGAAGGUGGCCCCUCCGGCGGGCCAGCGGCGCCUGCUCGUCCGCGUACGCUGGCAGGAGCCAAGCGUGGCGGCCAACAAGUUCACCGGCCUGUUAGAGAGCGUGCCGGGCGGGUACCAGCUCGACUUUGGGUCGCGGGAGGCGACUUCUGGAGACCCAGAGGCUUGGUUCUCUGAGGCCGCCGCCGAGGCCAACCCGCACCGGGCCAUUGGACACGAGCUUCGUCGGGCGGUCAAUGCAGCGGCUGCGGCGCUCGACCGGCCAUUGGAGCGGUCGGAUCGCGUCUGGAGGGGCUUCUUCCGCCUGCUGCAAGACACGCUGCCGAUCGUCAAGGAGGUGCAACCCCUCAUCCAGGGCUGCCUCGAAGAUGCAGAGUGUCCCGAGCUCGAGAUCAAGUCGGCUACCUGGUUCCGCGUCCAGUUCCUGGAUCGGUAUGCCCUCGAUAUCCGACUCACGACCAACUCGCGCUUCCUGCUGUGCGAUGCCUCGCAACCCCUCUUCCGCUCCCCAUCCAAGGGGCUCGACACGUCGAUGCCGAGCAGCGUCAACGGUGGCCCCGACUCGUCGCCCACCGGCAAGGACGUGCUCUACACGCUCGCCAAGUCAGCGAAGCUGUCCGAGCCGGGUGGGCAGCACGAAAAAGACUGGACGCGGCUCGAGUCGACGGGGCAGUACCUGUCGAUUCCGCGCUUCAGCGAGCUGCUCCGAUCCGUCUGCGAAGGCGUACCCAAAUCGCGCCGACUCCCCAACAGCAGCACCGGCGGCGGCGGCGGCGGCGGCGAGGUUGAGGAUCUUGUCAACCUGCGUAGGGCGCUGCUCUGCUCUGCCGACGAUGCCGUUGUCGGCGUCGUCCUUCCCGCCCUGAUCAAGGCUAUCCGGAGCGGGUUGAGGGGUGCCCUAUCGACCUCGUAG